AAAAGGAAGGAAAAAGGAAGUUUUUUUUGGAGAAAAAAAAAAAAGAAAUAAUAAAACAAAAAAGUUUGGGCAAUGGGAAAGCUUCUUUGCGAUUCGACGACCGUUGCGGAGACAUUUCAAUCCUCUUCGCCGGCGGCGCUUCCAUGGAGGGAGUCAAAGUCAGCACCGCCGCUCCACACCGCCGUCGAAGCAGUAGAUCUGGUCGGGCAGGCAGUGUCGACAGCGUGGGAAGACGUUCUCGGCCUGGAGGAGCAGCAGAGGCGCCACCUCCAGAGGCUACACGCGAAGGGCGUGCUGUGGAAGCACCCUCAAGACGACGACGGCGCGUCGGUGGUCUUCAGACUCUCGCACGGCGGAGAGGUCUCCUCCGACGGGAACUGCCUGUUCACGGCGUCACAGAAGGCCAUGGCGGCGGCGCGUGAGAUCGACGCUCGCGAGCUGCGGCGGCGGACGGUCAGGAGGUUCCUGGAGGAUUUCGGAUCUGCGACCUCGGAGGAGGCGGAGGUGAUCAACGACGCGAUUCGGCAUAUGUACGCGCCCGAUCUGAGAAGCGGCUGGGGGGUUCACGUCGUUCAGGAGGGGAAGUUGUUGGCUAAGAAAGAAGAUCGCCAGGCUCUCGAUUCCGCCAUUGAUGAGCUCGUUCAGCUUGGAAUGCAGAGAGAAAUGGCGGCGGAGUCUAUAUACAAGGAGAGGUGUUUGCCGGUGAGCGACGGGCCGAGCUGGGCCAAGUACAUGUCGAUCUCCGGUUCUCCCGACGACGAAUACGACAUAAUCACAUUGCAAUACACAGAGGAUGGUUUGUUAUCUGUGGAGGAGAACAGAAAAGGUCACGCCGCUGCGUUCGGAGAUGACAUUGCCAUUGAAUGUCUUGCCACUGAAUUCAAGCGAGAGAUCUAUGUGGUGCAAGCACAUGGAUCAGACGCAAUGGUUGACGAAGAAAACUGUGUUUUCUUUCUCCCACACCGUCCAAGGAGUCAGAUUUGUGAACCCCCUUUCUUUCUUUUCAUGAAAGGAACAGGUUGGUGUGGUGCUGGAGCCGAUCACUACGAACCCCUAAUUGCCCAUCCUUGCUCCUUCGUUUCCUCGGAGAAAGUUGCCAUGGUACUCUGAGGGCAAUCAUCCUUUUCAAGUUUUGCGGCGUAGAGAUUGGAUAGAAGUAGAGUUAUAUUUAUUUGUUCGUUUUUAAUUUUUCGGCGUGCAGUGCAGUACAGUUCGCCUGAUUCGUUUCCUGGUGACAAGGAGAAUUUCAUUGCAUGCAUGGCAUUCAUUUUUUGUUAGCAAUAGCUAGAGCUGGUAGUCCCUUUUUUUUCCCAUUCCUCUUCCUCCUUCCUAACUCGCAGGUCUUUUGCCUGCAUUUGAGCAACCUUAUAGCAGUUGUAGCGGUUUCCUACGGCUUUCAUUGUCGUCAUUGUUGUUGUUGCCGUUGUUCGGUUUUCGAAUGGAGGCUUGUAUUGCUAGGCACUAUUUUGUCCAAGCAGUAAUAGUGCCCGUGUUGUAUCUUAGAUUGGUUUUUUCUAUCAGUUCAAUGAAAGAGGCUGCUUCUUUUUUCCUUAA